UUCUUGUUCUCUCUUGGCCCUUUUGAGAUGCGUCUCGCCCGCCAUGUGUCGGCAUCACUGUCGGCCGUCUCUGCCGCGUCGCCGCUGCUUCCCUCUUCCGCUGCCUCUGCUGCGUCUGCCUUGUCAUCAGCAUCAUCAUCAUCGGUGGUGAUGAGGGGACCCAGCACUGCUGCAGCAACUGCGCGGUCGUUUGCAAUGCUGGCUGCUGCUGGAGUGACCGCGUGGACCAGCGCGCCCUCCAUCACUGCCUCUGCGCCGGCUCCAGCGCCGCAGCAUGACUCGCAGUCCCAGGCUCAGCCUCAGCCUCAGGCUGGCAAGCCCCGUCGUCGCAAGGUCGUGGACGACGAGCCGCCAAAGCCAGUCCGCAAGGAACCGCCGCCGCCGCCGCCGCCUCGCUUUGCCGGUCGCAGCAGCAGCAGCACCAGCACCAGCGCAAGUCAUCACUCUGGCGCGCCGACGCACUACCAACAUGGCACCUCGUUUCCCAACAAGCGGGCUGCUGUCCCGUUCUUCCAGAAGGCGCCAUCAUCGUCUGUGCGGCCCCGCUCUGCCUACGACGCGCGCCCUCUUCCUCCCCGCCAUUCUGGAUUCCAAUCCUCCUCGUCGUCAUCAUCGUUAAACUCAGCGUCAUCAUCGUCGUCAGCGGCGUCGUUUGCACAGAGUCGAUUGGACAGCUCAACACGACCCGAAUCGUUCGACAAGUCGGCCGUUGUCGAGGAUCCCAUCAACCGACCGAUCCAUUACAUUUCCACCGACGCCGAGGUCGAGGCUUUCCUCCCGAUAUUGGCAGCCGCUGAGACGAUCGGCCUGGACACCGAGUUUCUGAGCUUCCCUCGCUACACGCCGCAGUUGUGCGUGUUGCAGCUGUCGACCGAGACGGAUCUCGGCAUUGUCGACGCGCUGUCCAUCAGUCCUGAAAUGCUGAAGAAGCUCUGCUUGCGAAUCUGCGAAAAGCCAGUCAUUGUGCACUCGUGCUCGUCCGAUUGUGCCAUUCUGUACGAUAUUGCUGGAACCUUGCCCGCGAAAGUGUUUGACACCCAAAUUGCGGCUGCGUUCUGCUACCCAAUCAUGAUGAUGGGCUACGGCCAGUUGGUUGAGACUCUGUUCGAAGUCCAGGUCGACAAGUCACUCACUCUGACAGACUGGUCGCUGCGCCCUCUGAAAAAGGACGAGGUGGCAUAUGCCAUCAGCGAUGUCGUGCACCUCCACGCCAUUCGUGACAAGCUGAAUGCUCGUAUUGCCGAGCUUGGCCGCACAGAGUGGUUUGAAAGCGAAAUGGCGUCGGCCGUCUCCCCUGCCAAGCUCAUGUCUGCCAUUCCGUGGGAUGCCUGGAAGUUGAUUCGUCGCAUUGGAAAAUUGCGCGAUACGGCGAGCUUGUCUGUCGUUCGUGAACUUGCCGCUUGGCGAGAGACAUACGCCAAGGAGCAGAACAUGGCGCCCAUCCGCAUCAUCCGCGACGAGAUUCUCAUUGCAAUCGCUUCGGCGCAGCCCACCACUUUCGAGCAACUCAACCGCAUGCAAUCAUCCAAGAACUUUUCGCGCCACAACGAGGCCUUGCUGCGCGUCGUCCAGGCUGGCAUCAGCGUGCCGGAAGAGCAGCGCCCUCCCAUGCCGCCACCGCCAAAUCCCAUUGCGGACAUUUUGCAGCAGCAGUUGCGUCUGUGGGCGCGUAUCAAAAGUGCCCAAAUGAGCAUUGCCCCCGAUCUCUUGCUGACCAACCAGCUCGCUACGCAGCUCAGCGAGGCUCCGCCUGCAGAUUUCGAUAAAAUUUGCAUCGAAAGCUUGCAAGGCUGGCGCGAGGAACUUGUUUGCCACGAUCUGAUUGCGAUGCAUCACGGUCACUUGAGUUUGCGCUACAAUCCCGUCACUGACCAGGUGGAGACGGCAAUGCAAGAAAACAUCCAGGCUCCGCCUCAAGCCGCUUAACGACCACGCAACCAAGUGGAGCACGGACACGGACAUGCGAACAAUACUUCCAAUUCGAACAGCACGCAGGUUCUCUGAACAUGCAUUUUCAUCAAGUUUGUUUUUUUUUUUUUUUCCUCAACUAUUGAAUCUAUUAAAUUCCCAACCAAAACGCCUCAUGAACCGAAAAUACACAACGGAUGCUCACUGA